UCUCCGCAGAAACCUGCGCCUGCCAAAGCAGAGCCGAAACCAAAAAAGUUACCGGCAAAGGAUAAAUCUGAGGACAAGAAAGCUCAAUCCAAGGGGAAAAAGGGCCCUAAAGGAAAACAGACAGAAGAGACAAACCAAGACCAGACAAAGGACAACCUGCCUGCAGAGAAUGGGGAGGCUAAAACUGAGGAGGCCCCGACACCUGAUGCAGCAGUAGAGAAAGAAGUGAAGCCUGAGUAACAUCUGGUCCAUAACCCUUUCUUCUUGUACAAUUCAGAGGAAUAUUUUUAUCAACUAUUUUGUAAAUGCAAGUUUUUUAGUAGUUCUAGAAAACACAUUUUUAAAAAGGAGAGAAUCCCAACUCAACCCAUUUUUUUACAUAUUUAGAUAAGUGUAAAUGCUUUUUUUAAAGUGGUAAAAUCAUGUACUGGUUGUCUGUUUUCUAUGAAACCAGAAAUUAAUGGCAUGUUACAUGGAGAGGGCUCUGAGGCCUUGGUUAGGCUGUGAGGGACAGUUUUCUAUCCUAUUCAAUGAAGCAUAACACAGAUCAGACUUUGAAAUUCAUAAUGAUGUGUUGAGGAUGUCUUAACAUUGUAGUUAUUUUUCUCUAUGGUUGUACCAUCAGUAGAGUUGCUUAUCUAAUAAAACUGCUCCCUAGUGUUGGAUUCCUUGCUGAGUGAUGUACAUCUGUGACAAAGUUAUUUUUUUGGUAGUUGCAGCUUUAUUUUUUUUCUUCCAACAACUUUGUAGCUGUGAUGGGAAAGAUUGGAAGCUUUUAUUUUCUAUCUUGAAAUACUAAGGAAAAGUUUCUCCUUGGGAGACAUAACUUUGUUAUGUCAAUAUUUGAGAUACUGGAACUUCACAUCUGGUUUUAAAGGAUAAAAGAUGAAAUGAAAAAUAGUUGAAAUAGUCCUAGGA